AUGAAUUCCCUAACUCUUAAUUUCAAAGUAUCAAAUUUAGAGAAAGAUUUUAGAGAUUCUAAACAAUGCUUUUUCAGAAAGAUAUUGGAACAUUAAAAAUGGAUUUUUGGGAUGAUUAAUAUUAUAUCAAUAGUGAGCAGUCUUGUUUCAAAGGAUUGGGUGGUGGGAUCGAUUAACAUAUGCACAUUAAUUAUAAUUAUGAUAUCAAUCAAAUAUAAGCAAAAAUAUCCCCUCAUUUUUGAGGUUUUGAUAAUAAUAUUUCUGCUUAUAUACAAUACAUACCUUGCAAUGGAGAAAUAUUUAAAUUAGAUAGAAACACAUUAUAUGGAGGGCUUCUUCGUUUCUCUAUCGUCUGUAAGUGCACUAGCUUUGUUAAGCUUUUUAGAGAGAACUGCAAUGACUAUUGUGAUUGUAGCUUUACAUUUAAUAUUUGGUAUCGAUCAUAAUACAACCUUUGUGGGGUUGUAUUUUAAAUACUUAAUGUAUGCCUUAUUUUUCUUGCAAUUUACCUAUCAUUUGGAAAAAUUUAUGAGACUAUAAUUCAUCGAAUACAAAAAGUUAUAGCAAAAACUUUAUAAGAUUACAAAAUUUAAUGACAUUGUAAGCUAUUCAAUUAAGUACGAUGAAAGAAAAUCUUUAAUUUUGAUCCAAAAGAAUAAUUAAACAAAUAUCAAAAAAGAAGAUCAAGAAGAUUUCAACAAGCUGGCAUCAUCUAUGUAUUUAUCAAUGAAAAGUUUUAAGAGUAGAAUCACUGAAGUCAUAAAUAUGGAUUAAGCUUUCUCUCCAAAUAGACAAACCUUAAAGUAACUCCUAUUGAAUUUGAUUGUGGAAAAUUAAAAUGAUAAUCCUGAUACUCCUUUAAAAAAUAAAAAUGAAUUUGUUUUAUAUGGAUUCUAUAAGUAAUAGGUUUUCACUCUCUGUGUCUACUUAUGUCAAGAUAUUCAACCAUCAAUAGUAAUCCUAAUGAAAGAGAGUAAAUGUGAAACUCAAGAGGAGGAACUUAAGUUGAGAAUGAGAAAUAACCAAAAGUAAUUUAAUUACUUAUCUAAAAUUUUUGAUCAAUAAAUCAAAAAGUCUCUAAUCUAUUUCAAAUGGAUUUAAAAUUAUGCCGACAAACAAACUGACAUCAAAGUCAUAAAUUCACUUCUAAGAACUAUCAAUCAUAGUUUAAUUAAGGGCUAUACUGAUUUUCUUAAUCUAGAAAACUUCAAUUAAAUUUAUACCAUCCAACCAAAACUGAAGUAAUUCGACAUUUAAUUACUAUUAAAGGACAUAAUUACUGUCUGUAAUGGAUAUUAUCAUGCAUAAAGGGAUUCGAUGGCAAAUUUAUUUUUUUUUGAAAUUAAGAACAAUUUAAGCAAUAAUCUAAUUUUAUCAGAUUACAAAUAUGUGAAACUAUUAUUUUUGAAUCUACUCUUUUACACAUCCUAGGCUUCUUAAACUAUCAUCAUAGAAUUAGAUGAAGUUUAAUCAAAAUUACUUUAACAGCAAAUUAUAAAAAUUAAAAUAAUAUAUCAACAUCCAAAUAAAUCAAAAUAAUAAUUAUAAAAUCUCCCCAUACUAAAUCCAUAAUCAUUGACAGACUUAAAACAUAAUAGUUAAGUUCCUCUGGAAUUAGAUUUAGCAGUCUCAUUAAUGCUUAUAAGAAGAUUAGGACCAUUUGAUAAACUCAAGGUAAUUCAGUAAAAGAGAAGAUCAAAUUACUUAGAAUUUUAUUUGUUUAAAUAACUUACAGAGGACUUUUUACUAAUGCCUAUCAUUUCAUUAAAACCAGUUGAUAAAAUUAUAACAUAACAAGAUUCAUUAAUAAUGAACUCUUUCUCUACUGAAUUACGUUUGGACUCCAUUUAAAAUAGUGUUUAAUUUUUAUGA